GAUAGACUUCAACAGAAGAGAGGGAACAACCAGUUCUCCUAUUGCGAUGUCCAGAGGUUUAAUUAGAGCAACACUUCUCCGUCUACGAGUCAGAGAGGGCUCAACAGAGCGGCUGUAGUGAUGGCGGAGGGAGAGGAGGAGGUGCACUACGCUUCUGGCGUGUUCAAAGCCGGCAACAAUCCUCCACCUGCGGCAAAGAGAGCUGAGGAAACUGUGUACGUUGAGGUGAAGGUGCAGAACGAAACAAAGAACGAGGCAAAAAGAGGGGAGGAAACUGUGUACGAUGAGGUGAAGGUGCAGAACGAAACAAAGAACGAGGCAAAAAGAGGGGAGGAAACUGUGUACGGUGAGGUGAAGGUGCAGAAAGAAACAAAGAACGAGGACUCAGCAGGACAUCGGCGGUUUCAGCACUUGGCUUGUUGUUUGGGGAUUCUUUGUGUCAUUCUGCUGGGUGGCAUCAUCGGAGUCUGCGUCUUCCUUGCUACAUUAAGCCAUGAGAGUGAUCCAAACCGGUUUAAAGAAAACUCAACUCUACGGGCAAACAACACAAAACUCAGCUUCGAAAAUGCAAACUUGACGACGGACAACAAGAAUCUGGCGGACCAGUUGGGCAACCUGACACAAGCCUAUACUGUCUCAGAGAGCAACAACAAAAACCUGUCUGCAGGAGUCCAGGAGCUGAACACACGAAACCAGGAGCUGGAGACUGAGAAGAAGAACUUGAAACAGCAAAUACAAAACAUGACAACAAACUGGAAUGAGCUCAACGUCAGUCGAGCUCAGUGGAGCAUCGAUUCCUACUGCUUAGGAAAUACCAAUAAAAAGUGUCAAGCUUGUCAGAAGGGCUGGGGACUCACUGGUCUCAGCUGCUAUGCGUAUAAUAACCCUCAGCCUCCUAAUCGAAAAACCUGGGAAGAAGCUCGAGAAGACUGCAAAGGAAAGAAUUCAGAUUUGGCUGUUGCACAUAAUCCUGCUGAAAAGGAAGCAAUCAAUGAAAAAAGCUUUGGAUCUAAUGGAUUCUGGAUUGGUCUGAGAGUUGUAAAUAAGAAAUGGGAGUGGGUGGAUGGAAGUAAUCUGACUGAUAGCUCCUGGAUACCAGAUCCUGUUGACGGUCACUGUGCAGUGUUUUACAACAGAAACUACAAGGGCAGAUACUGGUACAGGGGCAAGGGCAGCAGCUACUGGUACUCAGCGAGCUGUGAUGAGAAACAACGAUGGAUCUGCAAGAAGAAGCCUCUGUCUGUUUAAACAAAGCAGUCAUUCUAAGAAGGUUACUGGAAACUCUUUGAAAAAAAUAUGAAUUAUUUGUUAAUAAAAACAAUUUCCAAACAAAAUAUAAAACAAAAAAAGUAUAAAAACAGUAAUUCCAGAAACGUUUCACAAACUCGUAAUGUGGAUUAUUUUAAACUCGAUGUACUUUUAGUUUGACUUAAUUCCUAUGGAGCUUGCUAAAUUAAUGCAAAUAUUUCUUUCUUUAAAAUGUGUAUGGUGUUUUUAUUAGAUAUGGAUGGUUAAAAUAGUUAUACUGUUUUGUGUGAAUAAUGUUAUUCUAUUGUGUUAGAGAUGCAACGCUUAAACUCAGCAGAUUAUUGUAAAGAUUAUGGACCAUUUUAUUUGAUUGCUUCUACCGGCCAACAGAGGGCGCUGCAUCACUUGUUCUCAAUACAAUGUUCCAGAGUCUGUUAAAUAAUCAUUUCCAAGAUUCAAGAUUCAAAGGUUUAUUGUCAUGACAUUUAGAAACUACGGUGUAAUUAUGUAAUGUAUAAAAAAUGUGAUCGCAGGUUCCUUAACAGUGCAAUUAACAAGACAUAAGAAUUACAUAUAAAAAACAACAAUACAAAUAAAAAUAGUGCAAGCUCAGGUGUUUAAUAGUCUUAUGGCCAGUGGGAUGAAACUGUCCCUGAUACUAUUCUGAUGACGCACACUUUAUGGAUGAUUUGUAUCUAUCUGUAUUUUUGUCUAUGAGCAAUGUCUUGUUUUACUCUGUUGUCACCAUGA